GCCAAGAAUUCAUUGUUGAUUUACUUAGUAAAUUACAUUGUACAUCUCCAAUGUACUUUGAAUCUGUUAAAAGUGUCUCCAGACAAAUGUACCAAAAAAUAGUUGGUCUGGAUGAUCAUGGAUGUUGACUACACAGUAGUCAGUUUAAAACGAUCUAGUAGUGCACCCAUGAUCAAUAAGAUCACUGCAACAAUGUCUGUGACAUCACCUUCCGCUUCUGCGCCAAGGGAUGUUCCUUCAAAUUUUAAUAUAUUUUCAAAUUCAUCUCGCACACGACGUUUCAGCACUAGUAGUUCUGGAACUGUUCCUAGGCUAACGCCACGUGUAAGUCAAUUGAGACAAGAAGAAUGUAUUGAUGUUGCUGGUCGUGAGGCAGCACAUGAGAAAGAAAUACAUAGUGCCAUGCAGAUCUCUCAAUCCUGGGAGGAUCUUACCAUAGAAGCAGAAGGACUAUCCUUUAAAGACUCGGAAUCAACUUCAUUACAAUUUAAAAUAGAAUCAAGGCCAAUUGCCAAACGAAUUCUUGAUCCAUUGAGUAUCAACUUAUCUGUAAGUGGUCCAACUAUAUAUUCUUCACCAUCACCAACAAGAACUGGAUUUGGUCAGAGACAGUGCUAUUCACCUGGUGUACAUGCAGCUACAUGGAAAAAUAAUUUAUCACCUAGUCCUACUAGAAAAGCUUUCGCUACAAGACGGAGCCUAAGUCCUAUUGCAAUACGACCAAGUUGUUUAGCAUCAGUCAAAAGAAAAUUUGAAUUAGAUGAUUCUGGAAUGGAUCAAUUACAUCCUCCUGCAAAACGUACCUCUGGUUUGUUAACUUCUGCUUCAUCUAGGUUGGAUGUUGCAAUAUCUAGUCCACAUCCAGGAACUAUUAGCUCAGCUGGAACUCCAGAAUCUUGUUCCAGUCUUGAUUCUCCUGGCUUUUCUUUCCGACCCGUGCAUAGCCCAUCACCCGGUCCAGGUGCUCCUUCGAUUAUUAAUGACGAUCCAUCUUCUUCCUCUUCGUCUUCUUCUUCAUUUUCUUCGUCUUCCUCGUCUUCUUCCAUUACUUCUUCUUCUACAACUAUUUCGUCAGAAGGAUCGAGUGUACAGGUCAAAACUUUUAAAGAAAUCCAAAACACACAAACUACACGAGAAAAUAAUGAAUAAAAGGAAGCAUUUAAAAACAAACCCUGAAUGAGGAACAUGUACCAUUGCGAUGGCAAACUUAUUCUUAUGAACAGUAAAAGAUGAUUAUUAGA